CGAGUUGCUGCAGCUGGUCCGUAGGAUGGAGAUCUGCUCCGUUAGAUGAACUUCUUUUUAAUUGUUCUAAAUACUCAAACAACAAUGGUGCUUCUUUUACUCUUGAGUGUCUGCGUCUUGACUUAUACUGGACAAACGUUUGGUGAUAAAAACGUUCCAUGUGUUAAUGCAGCAGCAGGCAGUGACGCCAUCUUGAACUGUAAGCUCCCUGUCAACACACAUCAAAUAUUCGACUGGAAGAAAACUGAUACCUCACCAGCACAGGAGGUGUUUUUAUAUGAACGUGGCAGUCAUUAUAACAAUGGAAAAUCUGGUCAAAAUGAACAUUUCAUAAAGCGUGUUGAGUUUUUUGAAGAUCAGCUCCAGUUUGGCAAUGCCUCCAUACGUAUCAAAAACACAAAGCUGACUGACAGUGGAAUCUACAGUUGUGAAUUUCCAAAGCUUGACCUACCAGAACUGAAGACCUACGUCAAACUUGUUGUUGAAUGUACCAACUUAAAGGACAGAACCAACGACCCGGAAAUAGAAGACAGUACAAAGCCGACUAUAAGGAUUGUUAAAGAUGAAAAUGGUGCGAAGCGGGUGGAGUGUAAAGUUCGUGGUCCUUCUACACAACUUAAUAAUUCUGUAAUGGAGUUACAGAAUAGUAAGAACAUCAAUGUUGCUGCUGAAACCCCUAAAAAAUAUCAGGAUGGAAACUACUUUGCCAUUAGCCUUGAAGCUGUUGUCACCACGAAAGGCCACUACCACUGUGUUGUGAAACAAGAAGAAAGCUGCUAUCAAAUUUCUUCAGACGAGACCUUGGUGGAUUUGCUUUCUGGUUCUAGCAAAGGGUUAAUUCAUGGGGGUUUACUUGGAGUUGGAGUUCUCAUUUCCAUUGCCUUUGCAACUGUACUCUAAUAUUUUCUGUGGAGGCGCAAAAGAUCUUCAGGUGACAGGACUAAAGACACCGCAAUCUCUGAGGGUGAACGGCAUAUGUCAGAAGCCAUAGAGAUUUUGUAAAUGAACUAAUGAUGCAUGAGAUAUGGAUUAACUGAUAUGUAAUGUCUCUCAGAACAAUUGAUACUCAUUUUAUAAUAUUGAUUGCUUAAAACUUACAAAGAAACAUUCUCUCCAGUGUUUUAGGACAUUUUAAAAGUCUGCUAGUCAUUACUAUCACAUCAAGAUUUUAUUAACAUAUGGUAAAUAAUCAACAGUUGUAUAUGUGUGACUGAAGAGGAAUUACUUCAACCAAAAUUCUUUUGAAUUAAGAUUCCAGGUUUAUUAACCAAAUCAAGAUUCAAUCCAUCUUUUUCUUUUGAUACUGAUACUGUUUCUUCGAGGCUCUGUGGCCUCUAUGUUCUAAUUUUGUAAAAGUAAUAAGUACUCCACAAUUUCUAAUUAGUAAUAACAUCUAAAUGUUCCUGUUCUGUUAGUUUUCCUGGAUUCUAAGUUUGUUCUAAUUCCUUUUCUGGGCAGCAAAUAUAGGAGUUUCUCUGCAUAACAAUAUAAAAAAGUGAUCUAGUAAAAAGUAAAGUAAGUAUUCUUUGGGCAUUCUAAGUAUAUUCUAAAUUUGUAAAUUUGAUGUGAGUUAGAGUUGGGGGUUAGUGAACGUCACAGAAUACAGCUAUACAGUAUGUAUAUUGUAUACAUAUAGCUAUAUUUUGUGUGUAUUUUGUCUGUGUAUUUUUUUAAAAAGCA